AGGUUGGUCGCAUUUUUAUUUUGUAUUUAUUUUAAGUUCCAUUAUAUUGUUUUUAUUGAUGAUUAUAGCGACAUGAUAUUUUAGAUAGAAUUGCUCAUAAGUCCAAAACCACUUCAGUGAAUCUGGAAUCAUGAAUGUGACUAUUCCCAUUGGAUUUUUGCUUGUCUAUCUCAUUCUCAAAUUUUUUGUUUAUUAGCCAUUAUAAUAAGCCAUUUUGCCGCAACCUGCUUAUUGGUCAUGACCAAUUUGGUCGCUGUGUGCAGAGGGGUGUUCACGGGCACCGCAAACUGCUGAGUGCGGUCACCGCACAGCACCCACUCCGUAUGUCCGAGAUGAAGGAGACGGCGCCGGCCCGCGCCGCCGAGGCGGACGACUCGGACGAGCCGCAGGACGACUCGUCCAGCGUGUGCAGCACGUCCACGGCCGACGUCUCGUCGCGCGGAGACACGCCCACACAGCGGCGCCGGCGGCGGCGCGGCCGCAAGCCUGCGCCGGCCCACUGCAAGGUGGAGUACCGGUACACGGCGCACGCGCGCGAGGAGCACGGCCAGCCGCUGUUUGGCGUCCAGUUCAACCCGCACCUGCGCUCCUGCAGCCAGCAGGCGGUGGCCACGUGCGGCGGCCAGCGACUCUCCAUCUAUGAGCUCACAGACAACUCACUGAAGCUGGUCCAGUGCUACUCGGACCCGGACCCGGACGAGAAUUUCUACACGUGCGCCUGGAGCUACGAGCCGUCUUCUGGCCGGCCGCUGCUGGCGGUGGCUGGCGCGCGGGGCCUCAUCCGCAUCAUCAGUACAGCCACCAUGACCUGCACCAGACACUUUAUCGGUCACGGUCACGCGGUGAACGAGGUGAAGUUUCACCCGCAGCAGCCGGCUCUGCUGCUCUCGGUCAGCAAGGACCACACGCUGCGACUGUGGAACGUUUCCACUGACGCGUGUGUGGCCAUCCUGGGUGGAGUGGACGGCCACCGGGACGAGGCGCUCAGUGCUGACUUCAACCUGAUGGGUGACCAGGUGAUCUCGUGCGGCAUGGACCACUCUCUGAAGCUGUGGAACCUGGCCGAUCCGGAGGUGGUGCGUGCCAUCGAAGCGUCCUACACGCACGAGCCGGGCCGCUCGGGCUGCACGGCCGAGGUGCACUUCCCCGAGUUCUCCACACGCGACAUACACAGGAACUAUGUGGACUGCGUGCGAUGGUUUGGGAAGUUCGUCCUAUCGAAGUCGUGUGAGAACUCGAUCGUGUGCUGGAAGCCGGGACUGCUCACCCAGUCCGGUGUCAGCCACACGGAUACUAACGUCACCGUCAUACACAUGUUCGACUACAAGGACUGCGACAUCUGGUUCAUGCGCUUCUCCAUGGACUUCUGGCAGCGGAUUCUGGCGCUGGGUAACCAGGUGGGCCGCACCUACGUGUGGGACCUGGCCGUGACAGACCCCACGCACUCGAGGUGCACGGUUCUGAGCCAUCCAAAGUGCACCACGGCAGUCCGACAGACCGCCGUCUCACCAGACGGCGCCACCAUCAUAUGUGUGUGUGAUGAUGCCACGGUGUGGCGCUGGGACCGUGUAUAGGUGGCGCUAGUGUUUUGUUUAUAGGUGGCGCUCGUGUAACUGGUCCGACCGGGGAAUCGUGAUCUCGGCUUUGUGUGAGGCCACAAGAGCCUCUGGUUGUGACUGGUGGGAGUGCGGUUCAGUUCGCGACCGUGAUAGGAACUUCUAAAUGACAUUGCUCAUCUGUAUCUGCCCAUCAGUUAGCGAUUGUAUCCGGUGAACCAAGCCGACUGUUUCGUGAAUCAUGCAUCAUUCCUGUUGGGCGCGAAACUCAUAUGCGAAAUAUACUUGGUGAACCGUU